AUGGGGCCUUCUCAGCCUGUCCGUGCCCCUCGGCCCCGGGGCCUAAGUUCCCCCUACCGCAGGCCAGGGGUGGGCUGGCGUCGGCCUCGAAAUCCCAGGAUGUUCAAGUGUAGCCGCAGAAGGUACCGGCAGAAACCCCAAGGCCCAGCUGCCACCACUGCAGCCACCAAUCCUGCCACCGUGGCCACAGAUAUCAACAACACUCCUACCGCCACCACCAGUGUGUGGAUCCUUCCGCCACAAAUUCUCAGUCACCUUUGUCAACCUGGCAGCUUUCUGAUCUUCUAG